AUGCAAGGGUUUUAUAAUUAGGUUAAGUCAUUGAUGCAAUCUAAUCAUGAGGAACCUAAUUAUGAUGAUAAUUAUAAAUGCUUUUGUGGUUAAUAGAUCAGGUGUGACCCGUUUGAUGACUUAUACAAUCACAUUUCUAAUUGCAAAAAAUUUCUUAGUGAAUCAAUGUUUUAUAAAGAAUUUGAAAAGCUUCGAUUGAAUAUCUUUAAGCUACCCUAACUUUAUACAUUGAAAGCAGAAUUUCUGUUUAUCAUAAAUCAAAUUGAUGAAAUUAUCAAUAAAAUAGAAGAAAUUAGUUAAGUUAAUUCACCUAGAAGUGCUAAUAGAUAAUUAAAAUAAUAAAUACCACCAUAAUCCCAAUUCUCAUAAAAAUAAUCGUUCAAUAAUAUUCACAAAAAAUACUUCCCAACGAAGAGUCGAGAAUAAGAAAUCAAGUAGAAAUGCUCUGUUUGUGGAAAAUUAGAUAAUAAUGAGGAUGAGAUGGAAACAGUUUAUAAUUUUUAAAUUUGCCAACAUGCUCAUUGUCUUGGUUGCAUUAGGAAAUUAAUAAAUUAACAAUAUAUUCUAAAAUCAGGGUGUGUGUAAUGUUCAUAUUGUUAAAAGUAAUUGAGUUAAUAAGAAAUUGAAAAGUAUGUAGGUUCAGAGAGAUUGUUAUACUUAUAAAAAAAGUUAAGAACAGGUGAAUCGCCUGCUUAAUAAAAAUUAUAAUGUUCAUUUUGUUAUAGAUACAUAAACAACAAAGAUAUUAAAUCUGGUCAAAGGCCAGUUUGUAAUUAAUAAGAAUGCUAAUAAAAAAAUUUAUAAGCGUGUUAAAAACUAAUUAGUUGCAAACAUUUUUGUUCUGGAUAUAAGGAUGAGAAAAAAUGUUUGGGUUGUCUUGGAUGUACCAACUAAAAGUUAUCUGAAGAAUAUUGUACAAUAUGUUUUACAGAAUCUUUAUAUGAAGGUCCUUGUAUAUAGGCAGCUUGCGGUCAUCUAUUUCACUUCUACUGUUUAAAUAAGAAAUUAGACAAGAAAUGGACAAGUAUGUAUAUAUCUUUUGGUUUUUGUUGUUGUUCAAUUUGUAAAAGAUGGAUGGAAUUUCCCAACGAUUCAAUUUCAUAGUAGAAAAUGAUUGAAUAUUAGGAAUUACAACAAUUAGUUCGUAAAUAAGCCUCUUUGAGAAUGGGAAAAAUGGGAGAUAGUUAAAUAUUAAAAGUUGAAGAUGCUUUGGAUAUUUUUGCCUUUUAUCAAUGUUAUAAAUGCAAGAAACCAUAUUUUGGAGGAAAGAAAGAUUGUUAAUUAGAAUUAGAGGCUGAAUCGAAUAGACAAAGUCAAUAGGAUUUAAUUUGCCCUUCAUGCUGUGGACAAUAAAUAAAUGGUUGUAAGACUCAUGGAACUGAGUAUCUUGAGUAUAAAUGCAGAUAUUGUUGUAACAUUGCAACAUAUUUUUGUUGGGGGACUACUCAUUUUUGUUAAACUUGUCAUACAAAAUAGUCGGGAGGGAAAUAUUUGACUUAAUUGAAGAAGGAGGAAUUGCCGUAAUGCUAAGGAAAGGGUAAAUGUCCAAUAGGUGGGAAUCAUGCAAUAAAUGGAUAGGAAUAAUGUUUAGGAUGUGGUAAAUAUUUAAAUAAUUAUUAAGGACUUUGUAAUAAUUGA